AUGCAACAAGAACAUGCGCUGAACCUAUCAAAUCCAGUCCAGCACAUGAUGAGUAGCGACUCUUUGCUGCUCUUGGAGGGAAGAGCCAAUGAAGGAGAUCAACAAGCACUCGAUGAAUUAUUAAAUUAUUAUCAAUUCGGAGGAAAUAAUAAAUCGCCAAUUGAUGAGGAAAAGGCUUUGGAAUUAAUGAUUAAAUUUGAGGAAAAUAAUUCGACAAUACAAAGACAAAUAGGUUCUUUUCAUUAUUUUGGAAAGGCUAAUUUACCAAUCGAUUUUGAAAAGGCUUUGUUUUGGUAUAGAAAAUCGGCAAAUAAUGGAAAUUCAAUUGCCAUGUUUAAUGUUGGAUUGCUGUAUGAUAGAGGGCAAGGAUGCAAUAAGAAUGUGAAGGAAGCAUUUAAUUGGUUUUUUAGAGCUGCUGUUGCUGGGCAUGGAGUCAGUCAAUUUUAUGUUGGAAUGAUGUUUGACAGAGGGGAGGGAACUGAAAAAGAUAUUCAACAGGCAAUUUAUUGGUUGAAUCAAUCUGUUGUGAAUAAUUGUAUUGAGGGACUUACUUAUUUAGCAUCCAUGUAUGAGAAAGGAGAAAAUAUUGAACAGGAUUAUUCGAAAGCAUUUCCAUUAUUUUUACAAGGUGCCAAUAUGGGACAUGUUGAAUGUAUUUAUCAUGUUGGAGUUAUGUAUUUAUCAGGUAGAGGAGUUGAAGUGAACUAUCCAUUGGCUUUGAAAUACUUUUUAAUGGCAGCUACACGAAAUCAUGCAGAAGCUCAAUACAAUGCAGGAACAAUGUACGAUAGGGGAAUGGGCUGUCUUCAAGAUUACACUGAAUCUUUUAAAUUAUUUAUGAGUGGAGCAAUGAAUGGUCAUGCAAUUUGUCAAUAUUAUGUUGGAAACAUGUUAUUGAAAGGCGAGGGCACUUUGGUGGAUGUUAAACAUGCAAUUUUCUGGAUGAAAAAAGCAGCUCUACAAGGAAUUCCAAAUGCAAUUCAUUACAUUAAAAGUAUGGAACAGGAAUCAAAAUAAU